AUGUAUCAAGGAGGAGUGGCAGAGCCCUUGGCUUUGGACGCUCAUCCCGGUUUCGCCUUCAAAAAGCCUACUGCCUAUGCUGCUGCUUUCCGUUACGACACCGACGAAGAGCGUUCCGACAUGGUGACCUCUUCUCCCCUCCGCGUUGGCGGCGGCCGCCAACGGAGUCACUCGUUUCAGAGAGACCUGUCCCAGACUUCUCCGCAGCGCCAAAAUUCGCCUAAGAAACUAUCAGAGACCCUUCCCGCCGCUCUCUAUGUAAAAGCCCUGUAUGACUACAACGCGGAUGAUCGGGCUAGUCUAAGUUUUCGCCAAGGCGAUGUUAUCCAAGUACUCAAUCAACUGGAGACUGGCUGGUGGGACGGCGUUAUUGGCAACGUUCGUGGCUGGUUCCCCAGUAAUUAUUGUACAGUAAUCACCAAUCCAGAUGAGAUCGACCAUCACACCUCUCACCGGAUGAUGAUGAUGACGGCUGAUCCCGGUGACACCAGCGCAGAAUCAGGUGUCGACGACGACUAUGAGGAUGACCAAGAAGACGAGUUUAAUCUAGAGCAUCAUUCCCGUGAUUCGCAACCCAUACUGCCGAUUGAAGGCGCCGCUCCACUGGAUCAGGAAGAGGCCGCGUUCUGGAUUCCUCAAGCUACCUCUGAUGGCCAGCUAUUUUAUUUUAACACCUUGACAGGGACUAGUACCGCCGAGUUGCCCUUGGAGAACCCCAUGUUGGCAAAUGAGACUGGUCCACGCGAUCGCAACAAUUUCUUCGUCCCAGAUCAGACUCGUCCACCCCCGGAAAUGAUGGCCCGUGGCGUUGAACACGAAGAUGACUACGACGGCUCUGGUUCAGAAGCCGAAGGGGAAUCCUUGAUGCUGGCCUCGCACGAUUCCAUUUCUCGGAGACGUCGAUCCUUGGUGGAUGAUGUCUCGCCCGCUACCUCCAUGGAUUCUCUCAACCCAUCACCUGUGACUAAAUCAUCUCAUCAUACAAAACGUCCUGGACAAGCCUCCUCUACUUCAUUCUCUUCCUCUUACCUCCGUUCCAAGGAAUCUGUAGCCACUUCAGCCGCCUCCACCUCCAUUUCUAAUGGUUCUUCAAUUCCACGACACUUUGUAGAUGAUAGCCCCGGCUCUCGAAUUGGAUGGGCUGACUUACUUGAAAACAUGCGCAAUGCCAUCGAGGCUUACCGACAAGUUGUCCGCAAUGGUGACCGUACCGAAUAUGUGCGAAAGGCAGAAGAUAUUUCAGACCAUCUUCGCAUGUUGCUCGCCGCAGGAUCAGACACCACAGACAACCACUCCGGGAGUCCCUCGAUCAUCUCUCCAAAUCGUGCUCUGUACCCACACUUCCGAGACAUGAUGUCUAAAUUUUCUAAGCUAGUAUUGUCUUCGCACAUUGCUGCUACAGAUUGGACAAGUCCCGACUCCGCCGCAAAGUGCUUGCAAGAAGCAGAUGGCGUCUGGCAAGGCGUCUCCGGCUACGUUCACGUUGCCAGCCAACAGCGCGGCGACAACAUUAAUCGCAUUGUGCCUGGGUUUGUACUCAACAGUUCCACGGGUGGCCAUUGGCAAAACAAUGGCAUCCGAAAUGGCGAGUCCGGUGCUACCUCUUUCCUGGAUCCCGAUGGCCAAGAAUCCAGUCUGGAGCCUUCUGUCCCUCUGGACGGUCCGUUGAUUCAACAGGUUGAGUCAAUGAGAACAGCCAUUGUGCUUAGUGUGAGAAAAGUAGACGAACAGCUGAGAAUGGAACAGAAGACUAUUACCCCACAACAACAUCAAGCGCUAAGCGACUCGAUUUGCUUGGCUGCCUUGGACGUCAUUGAAAAAUACAGACCCUGGAUUUCAACUAUAGAAUCAAUUAAUCUGGCCCCUCUUGGCACCGGUCUGCAGAAUCCACAGCUGGUUGACUUUGGCUUACAGAAGCAGAGGGUUUACGAAACGAUUGCUGAUCUUGUUCUGAGCUGUCAAUAUGUUUCUGCACCUCUCGGUGAUGAAUGGACCGGAAUACGACGAGACACGAUUGAUGAUCGUUUGAACAGUGUGCGAAAAGUCGCUCGCCAGUUGGAGACCUCUCUCUCACACAUCGGAUUUUCUCUGUCUCUCCUUCAAGAACAAAUGCCGGAGAAGCCUCUCGAUGCCAUUGGACAAACUCGCUUUGUUGGUGAAGACAAUGUACCCGCUGAUUUUCUGGCCAAUCGGGAACCAGGCAAACGCAGGGGCACUGCUUCUUCAGCUCAAGCUGCCCCUUCACCACACGGUGGUGGGGAUGAAGACAAACAAGUACGCCGGAAUAGGGACAAAGCACAACGGUUUUUCGGUCAACCCCCGCCCACCACAAUUCAAAGGGGGCCUUUACAUGAUCCACCGUCUUUACUGGAUGAAGCUCCAUGGUUCUUGAACUUCGACCAGGAAGGUGAAGUUUUUUAUGAUAUCAAGGGUGAUGUUCCUAUUCUUAAAUGUGGUACACUCGAAGGCUUGGUGGCACAACUGACACGCCAUGAUAAGUUGGAUGCGUCUUUUAAUAAUACUUUCCUACUCACUUACCGCUCCUUCACUACUGCCUCGGAGCUAUUUGAUAAGCUCGUACAGAGAUUCAGCAUCCAGGCUCCCUUCAACUUGACUCAAGACGAACAUCGAAUGUGGAUCGAUCGCAAGCAAAAACCCAUUCGAUUCCGAGUGGUCAAUAUUCUCAAAACUUGGUUUGAAAAUUAUUGGAUGGAAUCGAACGAUGAAGCAAACAUGAAUUUGCUUCGCCAAGUGCAUGCUUUCACCAAGGAUUCUAUUGCAACGACCAAGACCCCGGGAUCACCACAGCUCCUCAGCGUCAUUGAGCAACGCCUGCGUGGACAAGACACCACAGUCAAAAAGCUAGUCCCUACUCAGAAUAUGCCGACGCCGGCUCCCAUUCUACCUAAGAACAUGAAGAAGCUCAAGUUUCUUGACAUUGACGCAACAGAAUUUGCCAGACAACUCACAAUUAUUGAAUCGAAGUUGUAUGGCAAGAUUCGCGCAACCGAGUGCUUAAAUAAGACAUGGCAGAAAAAAGUUGGUCCAGGAGACUCUGAACCGGCUGCAAACGUCAAAGCCUUGAUUUUACACUCCAAUCAGCUUACCAAUUGGGUUGCUGAGAUGAUUCUUACGCAAGGCGAUGUCAAAAAGCGCGUCGUUGUUAUCAAGCACUUUGUCAAUGUUGCAGAUAAAUGUCGCGCUCUGAAUAACUACUCUACACUAACCUCUAUCAUUUCUGCACUUGGAACUGCACCAAUACAUCGUCUUGGUCGAACAUGGAAUCAAGUGAGCGGCCGUACAUCGACCGUUCUGGAGCAAAUGCGCAAGCUUAUGGCGAGCACAAAGAACUUUGGCGAAUACAGGGAGACAUUACAUGCAGCGAAUCCGCCAUGCAUUCCUUUCUUUGGUGUAUAUCUGACCGACUUGACUUUUAUUGAAGACGGUAUUCCUUCGCACACGCCAUCCGAUCUCAUUAAUUUCAACAAGCGAGCCAAAACUGCCGAAGUCAUUCGCGAUAUCCAGCAAUAUCAGAACGUCCCGUACCAACUGCAACCGAUUCCCGAACUGCAGGAUUAUAUUUUGAGCAAUAUGCAGGCUGCCGGAGAUGUUCACGAAAUGUACGACCGCAGCUUAGAAGUGGAGCCCAGAGAACGAGAAGAUGAGAAGAUUGCUAGGUAUGGUAAAAGUGGCACAGACGUGUCUUCAAGUUCAUCCAUGACUGUUUCAUCUUUUAUCAACGCUGCUAUACGUUGA